AUGUUAUCUGAAUUGGGUAGUAGGCCGAUGCUCAGAAACAAUGAAAAAUCUUUUGGAGAUGAGUUGAUUAAGGAUAUAGGUUUGGUGCUUCAUGAACAGCGGCGCCAGGAGGUUGAUGAUCUCGAGAAGGAGCUGAAUUUAUACAGGAGCGGGUCAGCUCCACCUACUGUGGAUGGUUCACUGAAUGCUGUGGGUGGGUUUUUCAACCACGGUAUUGGUGGCGGAAACAGUGGUGGCUCAGCCUUUGCUGAGUUUAUUAGGAACAAGAAUGGGAAUGCGUUUAUGUCUGAUGAAGAUCUUAGGUCUGAUCCUUUAUAUUCCUCUUACUAUUACUCGAACGUCAAUCUAAACCCCAGGCUACCGCCCCCUUUAACGUCUAGGGAGGAUUGGCGGUUUGCACAGAGGCUGCAAGUAGGGAAUUCUGCAAACGGGGAUAGGAGGAAGGCGAUUCAAAGUGAUAAUGGUGGUGGAGGGACAUCUCUGUUUUCAAUGCCACCAGGGUUCAAUCCGAAGAAGCAAGAGUCUGAUAAUCAGGCUGAUAAAGUGCAGGGUUCUGUGGAGUGGGGUGGUGGCCGACUCAUUGGUUUGCCUGGACUAGGUCUAGGCAAUAAACAGAAGAGUCUAGCUGAAAUAUUUCAGGAUGACUUGAACCGUGCUAUUCCAUUAUCUACACGUCCUUCAUGCCCAGCAAGUCGAAAUGCUAUUGAUGAGAAUGCUGAUCCUUUGAGUUCGGCUGAGGUAGAGCUGGGUUAUACACUUCACAAUUUGACAUCUCCAGACCCUGUACGCUCUGCUUCAAAUACUCAUGUCUCAUCUGCUACUGAACAUGUUGGACCGCCUGUAUCGUAUACUUAUGCUGCUGUAAUGGGUGGUUCCUUGUCAAGAAGCUGGACUCCUGAUCCUCAAUAUAUUGCGCGGGGUCCUAGUCCUUGCCCUACUCCCAUUGGAGGAGGCAGGGUGAGCGCUUCUGGACUGAGAAACGUUAACAGUCCCAACUCCUUCAACGUCAUUUCAUCUCACACAAAUGAGUCUACAGAUCUUGAAGCUUCUUUGUCAGGCCUGAAUGUUUCAAAUGGCGUUAUGGAUGAGGAGAAUCCUUUGCCAUCUCAGAUUGAACAGGAUGUCGAUGACAAUAAGAAUUAUUUCUUCAAUCUUCCGGGUGGUCAGAAUAUCACAAAGCAUCACACAUACAUGGAGAAAUCUGAAUCUGGGCAGUUCCAUAUGCCUUAUGUUUCCCAGUCGGCAAAAACGAUGGUUUCUGAGUCUAGUGUAAGCAAUGGCAGUGGCUCAGAUCUUAGCAACUCCUCCCUUCCAUCUGAGCUUCACAAAACUGUUCCUUCUAAUAGCUCGUACCUGAAAGGAUCUUCAAUCUCCACAGUUAAUGGUGGGAGUGGCGUACUUUCUCAAUAUCAGCAUUCACAUAGUCCACAUAGUCCAAAUCAGCAUUUAUAUAGUCCAAAUCUAUCAUUUUCUAAUUAUGGUUUAAGUGACUAUCCCACAAGUCCAAUAUCAAACCAACUUGGCCAUUCGAAUUUGCCUCCUUUGUUUGAGAAUGCCGCUACUGCAUCUGCUAUGGCUGUAACGGGGAUGGAUUAUAUGAUGUUGGGGGGGUCAAAUCUAGGUGCUCUUUCCUUCGAACAGAACCUCGGUUGGAUGGGAAAUCAGAUGUCAAGGAAUGUGCUGCAGGCACCUUUCGUCGACCCUUUGUAUCUUCAGUACUUGAAAGCAGCUGAGUGUCCUGCAUCACAGAUAUCUCCACAUAAAUCACAGUUUGGUGUGACCUUCGGUAGCAAGAAUAGUUCUAGUCCGCAUGGCUACUACGGAAAUCCUGCAUUUGCCAUUGGGUUGUCCUAUCCUGGAAGUCCCCUGGCAAAUUCUGUACUUCCAGAUUCUCCUAUGGGACCUGGUAGCCCCAUGGGGCAUGGUGAAUUCAACAUGAGAUACCCUGGGGAGAUGAGAAACCUAGCUUGGGGUGUCAUGGGACCUUACAUGGAGAACAGCUUUGCUUCAUCUCUGCUGGAGGAGUUUAAAAGUAAUAAAACCAAAUGCUUCGAACUUUCAGAUAUUGCUGGUCAUGUUGUCGAGUUCAGUGCCGAUCAAUACGGAAGCCGAUUCAUUCAACAAAAACUUGAGACUGCCACAACAGAAGAGAAGAACAUGGUUUUUCAGGAAAUAUUUCCUCAGGCUCUUACUUUGAUGACGGAUGUGUUCGGAAAUUAUGUAAUUCAGAAGUUUUUUGAACAUGGAAUGGCAUCUCAGAGAAGAGAGUUGGCUAGCGAACUUUUUGGACAUGUACUUACACUAAGCCUUCAAACGUAUGGUUGUCGGGUGAUUCAAAAGGCAAUAGAAGUUGUUGAUUUAGAUCAGAAGAUCAAAAUGGUAGAAGAACUUGAUGGUCGUAUCACACGUUGUGUUCGUGAUCAAAAUGGAAACCAUGUGAUACAAAAAUGCAUUGAAUGUGUACCGAAAGAGCAUAUUCAGUUUAUUAUCUCAACAUUUUUUGACCAAGUUGUGACUCUCUCCACUCAUCCAUAUGGGUGCCGUGUGAUACAGAGAGUACUUGAACACUGUAAGGACCCAAAAACCCAGAGCAAAGUGAUGGAAGAAAUUCUUGGGUCUGUAAGCAUGUUGGCACAAGAUCAGUAUGGCAAUUAUGUUAUUCAGCAUGUAGUGGAGCAUGGAAAACCACACGAGCGUACUGCAAUAAUUCAAGAAUUGGCUGGAAUGAUAGUUCAAAUGAGCCAGCAGAAGUUUGCCUCAAAUGUCGUAGAGAAGUGUUUAACUUUUGGGGAUCCAAGUGAACAUCAACUCUUAGUGAGCAAGAUGCUUGGAACAACUGAUGAGAAUGAGCCUCUUCAGGCUAUGAUGAAAGAUCAAUUUGCUAAUUACGUUGUACAGAAAGUACUUGAAACUUGUAGCGAUCAGCAGCGUGAACUGAUCCUGUCAAGAAUAAAAGUUCAUUUGACUGCACUGAAGAAGUACACGUAUGGGAAGCAUAUUGUAGCUCGAGUAGAGAAACUUGUUGCUGCUGGGGAGAGGAGAAUUGCUGCUCUGUCCCCAAAUGUCGCUUAG